ACGGUUAGUCCCGCCUUCCAGCUCUAUCCUGGCUAACGGUAGCCAUGACCGGCCGCGGGACUCCGAGCCGCUUUCUGACCAGCGUCCUCCAUAAUGGUCUAGGUCGCUACGUGCAGCAGCUGCAGCGCCUCAGCCUCAGCCUCAGUCGGGAUGCGCCCUCGUCCCGUGGCGCCAGGGAGUUUGUGGAACGCGAAGUAACCGACUUCGCCCGACGGAACCCAGGAGUCGUAAUAUACGUGAACCCGCGCCCGUGCACCAUGCCAAGAAUAGUGGCGGAAUACCUUAAUGGGGCUGUACGCGAGGAAAACGUCAACAACAAGUCGGUGGAGGAGAUCACGUCGCUGGUGGAGAAGCUGGCAGACCAGUCCGGCUUGGAUGUGAUCCGCAUUCGCAAGCCCUUCCACACGGACAACCCUAGCAUCCAGGGCCAGUGGCACCCUUUCACCAACAAACGGACUGCCCUCCACAGGCUGCGGCCCAGAGAACUCCAGGAUUCUGCUCCAGCUUCCAUACAAGCACAGUAGAGAACCUGGCUUUGGACCAUGAAAGUGCUAGGAUUGGUUCCUCUUCGGAUUUCAAGCUCAGGCCAAGUAGGUGGAGCCUACCAGCCGGGGCGUGGCCCGGGUUAAAGAAGAGCUUUUUCCUUUGCCCACUUGUAGCUAGGUGCAGUGACCUUGUGAAUACCCUAAUUCUGAUUCAAUUGGCCUUGCAAGCUGAGAUGUGAGACGUGUACAACACUUGUUGUGCAAGGACCUUGUUUUCUGAAAUACAAAUAAUAAUGAUUUCAAAACACA